CAGAGGAGACCGUCUCUAUCGUCACUGUCAAAUCUGCCGUCGUCACCAUCUCCAAUUCACCGUCGUCGUCUGGGGUGAGGUCGUCGUCGCGCGCUUACCUUCGAUUGACGCAGCUCUGCUCCAGUUGUGUCUCCGUUCAAUUGACGCAGCUCUUCUCCUGCACCGGCAUCUCGUACUGGGUAUUGCAAUUGUUUUCCAAUUGACGAAGGUUAAAGCUAGGAUUUGUCGUGCUCCAAGGAAUUCAUUCGCCACCAUCAUCUUCUGCACCGGUCUGUAAAAAUCCCCCUAAAAUCUGAUCAACUCACUCCUAUCAGCCGAACAGAUUCAUCUCUACCUACUUCAUUCAAACCACAACUCUGAAGGCGAUUUCUCCUGAGGUUUGAAGCGUCCAUGAGGCUUGUUUCGAGAAGAGCUGCUCUUAGCAUUAGGAGUUUCAAGUUUGCACGAAGAGUGUUGUGUAGCAAUUCAGGUGCCAACUUACCCGUUUCAGAUUGUGAUCAAAUUGUCAAGGAGCCUUUGAAGAAGCAAGAGUUGAACAGUUAUGUCCCACAAUAUGAUAUUGCUAUUGUUGGAGGAGGCAUGGUUGGCAUGGCCUUAGCUUGCUCACUAGCUAGUGCACCAUUGACAAGUACGCUAAGUGUAGCUAUAAUUGAUAGCAAUCCAGCAUUACUGAAUACCGACUGCUUGGGAGGGGAAGGACCCCCUGAUCCAAGAGUCAGCACUGUAACACCUGCAACCAUAUCAUUUUACAAAGGUAUGGGUGCAUGGCAGCAUGUCCAACAACAGCGGCAUGCUUUUUUUGAUAAGAUGCAGGUCUGGGAUUACACAGGCCUGGGAUAUACAAGGUACAAUGCAAGAGAUGUUGGUAAAGAAGUUUUAGGGUGUGUUGUGGAGAAUAAAGUUCUUCAUAGAUCCCUGGUAUCAUGCAUACAGAAUACAGAAUUUAAGAAGAGAAUAUACUCUGCCAAGUUGAGCUCAAUGACUUUAAAUUCAAGUAGUUCACUCAACAUGUCCACCGGCACAACAUCACAACCAUGUGGAAGUUCUGCUAGAUUGGAUUUGAGCAACGGCGAUAGUCUGUAUGCAAAGUUGGUGGUUGGAGCUGAUGGGUCAAAAUCACACGUUAGGGAGUGUGCGGGAAUUGAGACUGCUGGAUGGAAAUAUUCUCAGAGCGCCAUAAUCUGCACAGUAGAGCAUGCAGAGAUGAACCACAUGGCUUGGCAAAGAUUUUUACCCAACGGUCCAAUCGCUCUUUUGCCCAUAGGUGACAAUUUCAGCAACAUUGUCUGGACCAUGGACCCCAAAGAGUCAUUGGAGCGGCAAUCAGCAAGCGAGGGUGACUUUGUGAAAAUGGUGAAUAGUGCAUUGGAUCAAGGGUACGGCCCACGUCCUGAACCACAACUAUUUGGUGGUCCUAAUCUAUUUUCUUCGCUCAGAUCAGCAGAUGCCCCAUCAUCAGCCAAUGAGAGCUUCGAAGUUCCACCAAAGAUCAUAAAAUUGGCAUCUGCCAGAAAGCUCUUCCCGCUGUCUUUAAUGCAUGCCAAAAGAUACGCAUCAAAACGGGUAGUUCUUAUUGGUGAUGCUGCACACACUGUUCAUCCACUAGCCGGUCAAGGGGUGAACAUGGGAUUUGCUGAUGCAAUUGCUCUUUCAAAAGCCAUCGCUGAAGGUGUUGCUGUAGGAUCUGACAUUGGAGAGGUUUCUGUGUUGCAGAGGUACGAAUCGGAGAGGAAACCAGCAAACAUUGCAAUGAUGGCUGUGCUUGAUGGCUUUCAAAAGGCAUACUCUGUUGAUUUUAUGCCAGUUAAUCUGCUCCGGGCGGCUGCAUUCCAGGCUGCUCACUACAUAUCACCCCUCAAGCAAAACAUCAUCUCUUUUGCUUCAGGUGAGCACAAGCCGCUUCCCCUUCUGUUCACCUGAUCUUAAUGUAAAGAUUAUACAUUUUGAGUAUAGAAUAUCAAUCAAUCAAUGCUCAACAAUGGUGCUCCCAUUUACUUCUCGUUCUCACCACAAUUCUUGAUGCAUUUGUUGAUUCAUUCGUUCAAUGUUGAGCAUUAAGGGUGUGUUUGGU